AUGUCGAUUUUAUAUUGGAAUGCUAAAGGUGCAGCCUGCACCAAAUUUCGAAAUACUAUGCAAGAUUUGAUUAGAAGCCACCACAUGGAAAUUCUUUUUGUCUGCGAGCCUCGUAUAAGUGGGUUGAAAGCUGUUUCUAUGGUUAAAACCCUUGGAUUUCCGUGUUUUGAAAUCGUGGAUCCUAUUGGUUUCUCUGGAGGUCUCUGGCUGAUGUGGGAUGAUAGCAGGGUAAAGGUGGAAAUUAUUGGUACUCAUGAUCAAGCCAUUUCUGCUUGUAUUUCCUGGCCUGGCCAAACUCCCUGGAUUUUUACUGCAGUCUAUGCUAAACCUUGUGGAUUUAAAAGGGACAAGCUCUGGGAGUAUCUCUCAUUUGUUGAGGGGUGUCAUAAUCUGCCUUGGUUACUUGCUGGGGACUUUAAUGAUAUGUUGAAUAAAAGUGAUAAAUUAGGAGGUGCUCCUAUACGUCGGUUAAGAGGUUUUAAACCUUGGUUUGACCAACAUGCGAUGUGUGACUUAGGUUUCUCUGGGCCUAAAUAUACUUGGACUAAUAAGAAGGUGCUUGAAAGGAUCGACAGAGCUGUUUGCAAUACUCAGUGGAGGAGUCUCUUUGCUGAUGCUCAUGUCAUCCACCUGCCAAGGACUAAGUCUGACCACAGUCCCCUCAAAAUCUGUUUUAAGUCUAAAUUCUCUUCUUCCCCCCUCAACAGACCCUUCAGGUUCGAAGCCAUGUGGUUGAAGCAUGAGAACUUCCCAGAGUUUAUUGCUCAGAACUGGGAGCUCUCCUAUGGCUCUGCCUUGGAUAAAUCUUGUGCCUUAGUGGAACCCCUCAAGCAAUGGAAUUUAUCUGUGUUUGGUCAUCUCAAGCAAAAGAAAGCCAGAAUUUUAGCUCGCUUGGCUGGCCUCCAAAAGGCCUUACACCAAGGGCCGAAUACUUUUCUUAUUAACCUGGAAUCUAUUCUUGUUGCAGAUUUUAAUUAUAUUCUUGACCAAGAGGCUAUGUUUUGGCGCCAAAAAUCAAGGGUCAAAUGGCUUCAAGAGGGCGAUCGAAAUACUAAGUUCUUCCAUUUGUCCACAAUUAUUAGAAGGCGUAGGAAUAAAAUUGACAGACUCAAGAAUGAUGCUGGUCUUUGGGUGGAAGAAUCGGAUGGUAUCAAGAAUUUGGCUAUGCAAUAUUUUUCAGAGUUGUUCUCCCCUGCCCCGGUGGCCACCAACAGCUUUACAAUUCCUAAUAUGUUCCCUAGCAUUGACCCUGGAGCUUUAGAAUCCUUGGUGGCUGAUGUUGAUAUGGAAGAAGUUAAGGUGAAUCUCUUUAGCAUUGGGGGUCUUAAAGCCCCUGGAGUUGAUGGCUUCCCGGCUUGUUUCUAUCAGAAACAGUGGAACACUUGUGCUAAUGAUAUCCUUGAUUUGGUCCAUCAAAGUAUUCAGGAUUGUAGGAUUCCUGGAGGGCUUAAUUCCACUAUGAUCACUCUG